AUGGGUUCGUGUUUUUCUGCCCCUGAGCCCCCGCGACGGCGGCGGCGGCAUUCAAGAUCCCAGCCCAGGCAUCGCGAGGACGCUGAAUCUCGAAGAAGAAGUCAGAAGAAGAAAAAGAAGAAGGUCGUCAGGAGGUCUAGUCACCACAAAAAGAAGAAGAAAAGUCAUCGAAGUAGACGAAGCAGCCAUCAAUCUAAUGAAAGCUUCACCAAAGAUACUGAAACUGAUGUCGGGAGUGCUUGGACCGCGGACGACGAGAACCGGCUCCAAGUUGCGCUUUGGAUCGGCGAGUCCUCGCGGGCACAAGGCGGCACGAGCUCUCCACAAGAAGCUGGUUCUGGAGCCCGCGAGGCUGCAGAGAAUGGGGGCAAUGCUUCCUCUGCCGAUGGGGACGACGAUGGAGAAGGCAUUGACGAGCCUCAUAACUCCAAGCAGCCGAAAAAGACUUAG